AUUUUAAUUUAUAAGUAUCAAAAUAGCUUAUUUAAUUUUUGUAUUUUUCUGUCACUGUCAUAUUAAGUCAAAGUUAAAUAAUUUUUGAAUGCAUUUUUAGAGAAUUUUUGUUGAAAACGUUUUUUUAUAGCAUUAUUUGUUGAAUAAGAAAAUGAAUAUAAUAUUUUUUAAUAACAGACUAGCUCAGUUUUAAAUUAACGAGGUUGUUAUCUUGACAUUUUAGUAGCAACAGAGCCAAUUAUUGAUAGAAUGCACUUUUAUAUUACUCUUUCGUAGUUGUAUUGUUCUUAAGAAAUGAGAUAAGCUGACCUUGGUGCUAAUGCGUUGAGAUUUGAGCUACAGAUUGAAUGUAGUGUUCACUCAGUUAUAAGCGUAUUUGUACCAUCAAUUUUAAAAAAUAAUAAUAAAAUUAUUUAUUGUUUUACUUAGAAAUAAAAUGUACUGUCAAAUUUAUUUUUUUAUCCAUUGUAUUAUUCAGUUUGUGCUGUCUUGUAAUACUGCUGAUAUCACGAAACACCCCAGUUGGAUGCUUUUGGACCAUGAAAAAUGUGGAAUAUCGAAUACCGAUCGGAUAAUUGGUGGAAAAAAUGCUUCAUUGGGAAUGUACCCAUGGAUUGCAAGAAUUGGAUACAGUAGUGAUUUAACUGGGUCUGAAAUUUCAUAUCGAUGCGGUGGUACUUUAAUUAAUAAACUCUAUGUUGUAACUGCGGCACAUUGUGUCUCUAAUUUACCUGGCAGCUUCAGAGUAACGGGAAUAAGAUUAGGUGAACAUAAUUCGGAGACUAAUCCAGAUUGUGAAAAUGGUUACUGUUCGGAACCUGUUCAAGACUUUAAACCUAUUCAAAUGCUAGUUCAUAAGCGAUACAACAUACCGCAUUUUAAAAAUGAUAUUGCUUUAAUCAGAUUAGACCGACCUGUAGAUUAUAAUGGAUUUGUGAUGCCUAUAUGUAUGCCCGUUGGAGAAUUAUUAGAUAAAAAUCUGACAGGAGGAAUAGCUGAAACUGCGGGAUGGGGAAUUUUCGACAUCGACCAUCCAAAAUCGAGUGUGAUUCUACAGACAAUAAAAUUACCGAUUUUGGAGACGUACAUGUGUGUAAAUGCUUUCAAAAAUCAAGCUCAAGUUGACGAAUUGCAAUUGUGUGUUGGUGGUAAAGUUGGCCAGGACUCCUGUACUGGUGAUAGCGGCGGUCCACUAAUGAAAGUCGAAGCUCUAAAUGAUAUUCCUAAAUAUUAUUUAAUUGGUAUUGUGUCCUUUGGAGCUAAACAUUGUGGACAAUCUCCGAUGCCUGCUGUGUACACUAGACUUACACGCUACCUGAUUUGGAUUUUAGAAAAUAUCUCACCUUAAUAAAAGUUAUUAAAUUUAUACUUAGAUAAAAAUUUAUUCGAUUUAUAAUUUUUUUAGUUUAUAAAUAAAUUUAAAAUAAUUUGCAGUCUACUCAGAAAUACAAUUUGAUAAAGUUAUAGGGUGUUAUUUUCAAGGUAUUACAAAAAAUACAAAAAAAAAAUUUAGUAUUUUAGUUUACAGAGUAAAGUAAAUCCUA